AUGAUUGCGCGCCAGGAUGACGAGGAGACACCUCUUCUGCAACGUCCAGGGCAGCCAACGACUAGAACACCUCUGCCUUGGAAUCAAUUCUGGAUUAUACUGUUCUUGCAGCUCAUUAGAGACAUUGGAGUGACUCACGGAGACGAAUCUCAGGUUGGCCACUAUGUCGGUAUCCUUUCUUGUUGUCGCGGAGCAUUUGAUGGGAGCAAUAGUGUCAUCAAGAGCAUGGUGAUGGACAUCACUGACGUAACGAAUUUGCCCAAUGCAAUUCGGUUAUGUACCAAUUCCAUGGAUGAUCGGACAAACAGCUGGGUAGGCAUACAACCACUCAUUGGGGGAUCGCUCUCCCGACCAGCAGACAGAUUCCCUGAUAUCUUUGGGCAAUCAGAUCUCCUCAAAACCUACCCAUAUCUCCUGCCAUGCUCUAUUUCGGCAACUUUUGUAUCAAUAGCUUGGCUAGUCACGUAUUUCCGUCUUAAAGAGAGUGUUUCUACCAAGACGUCACUUUGGGAGCUCAUCAAAGGAGGAUUCUUCCGACAGUCAUACUCAAAGCCUUACCAGCCAUCGAGCAAUGUGCUAGUUAAUCCUGGGGAAGAGAAUUCUGGAGAAGCUCAAUCAAAGCCGCUUCCGCUGCGCGCCUUGCUAACCCCGAAAGUUUCGACUGUAGCAGCAAAUUAUGCCACCACGGGCCUGUUUCACAUGGCGUUUACUUCGGUCCUACCUGUUUUCUAUGCGACAUCGAUUGAACUCGGUGGUCUUUCCCUCGACCCUCCUCGCAUUGGCGUUAUACUAGCAGGCACAAGCUACUUUUCUACGCUCGUUUACAUGAUCGCUUCGGUGCAAAAAGCCAUCCAUUUCACUGGCGUUAGCUCCGGCAUACCCAUCGUCAUUUUAUUUCCAGUGAUCAAUGCUCUGGCUCGAUCCCAUGGGAUAGGAUUGGCUGUGUGGCUGUGUGUUGCCAUCCAGCUUGCGCUGACGAUCAGCCUGAUCAUGUGCUACCCAUUAUUCGUCAGAACAGCUGCUCCCAGUCGCGCCUCGCUCGGAGCAACCAACGGAAUUGCCCAGAUGUUUCUCGCAGGAGCAAGGAUCAUUGGCCCAGCGUCUGCAGCUUCGGUGUUCUCUUAUUCGAUGCAGGAAGGGCAUGAUGCGUGGUUGGUAUACUACUUCUUGACGGCAAUUGCAUGUCUCGCUGUGGGUGUUUCUCUAUUACUUCCCCGAGAUCCUAGUGUAUGGGAAGAUCACCAAUAG